CUGGAGACUGCCAGAACGUUGGUUGACUACGGACAUUGCCACCUGUUGUUACUGCCGUCAGCGUGCGUGUGCGCGCGCAUACGAGCUUCUGAACUACAGCUUUUGGUUUGCUUUGAUUUUGAUCUCCUGCGGCCAUGCGGCGGGAACGUGUCCUCCAGUUCAAUAUGGAACUUCUCAGCCAGAAACGCUGCCAUUUUUGGCCGUGUUUGGGGGUUGUCCCAAGCUCCGCCCACGUCUGAAUCCACAACUCCAACAAGAGUCGCUUUGCACAGCAGACUCCUUCCGCUAGCAGAAUUAGUUUCGCGGAUCGUCUCUGCGGGAAGCCCACUCGUGCAUCUCAACGUUUAUCAUCACCUCCUGAGCUUCGAUCAUUGCUUUGAUCAGUCAAUCAGCCAUGGAUGCCGUUUCGGCAGUCCUGGUCGAAGGCUUAACUAGUGUUCAAGAUGUGCAAAAUCUUAGUCGCCAGAUUGCCACGAAGGCUCUAGUCGCCCGAGGAGGUUAUUCUGAAGUUUACCGAGCAGAAUGGGUCUCGUACGGCGAUGAAGCUCCAAAGCAUUAACAUGCCAUCUGUCGUGGAGGAGAUACGCAAAGCAAUUAAGGUGAG